UCAUAUUCCUUCUCCACUUUAAUACCACUCCAUACAUCAAAACUACUCUGUUUCUCACACUGCUUUUGAGUAUUACUCUUUUUUUUUUAUUCAAGUUUCCAACAACAAAGAAAAUGGCUAGACGAUUAAGCAUCUUCAUGUUAUGUGUGGCUUUCAUGAUUGUUUUCAUAGCAGAAAUACAGGCUUAUAAGGUAGAAAUAUCAGCAGCUCAACAAAAAGGACAAGCAAAUCACCCAAUGUACGGUACCACACAAGGAAGCCUUCGUCCUCAAGAGUGCUCACCUCGAUGCACUGCACGGUGCUCGGCCACAGCUUACAAGAAGCCAUGUAUGUUGUUCUGCCAAAAAUGCUGUGCCAAAUGCUUAUGUGUUCCUCCUGGUACUUAUGGAAACAAGCAAGUUUGCCCUUGCUACAAUAACUGGAAGACCAAGAGCGGAGGACCCAAAUGUCCUUAGAUUAAACUUUCUCCUAUACCUAUUAUUAGCCACAAUACCCACUAAAUUUUUAGAUUU